AUGACUGUCAGCUACAAUCAAUCGAUAUCAACUUCGCGUCCUUGGACUUUUGUCGGGCUUUUCUUCCGGUAAGCGAAUUAAGAAUAAUUCAUUUGAAGAGAAAAUUAGAUGGCGUGGAUCUGUGUGGAAGGCGGUUUGGAUGCAGUACGUUGCAUGGCUAGGACUUUACUUUGCCGUGUCCGCCAUUUAUCGUUUCUUGUUGAAUCCUGUGCAGAGAGUGUAGGUCUCAAAUAGUGGGAAAAAUAUGAACAGAAAAAUCAAGGUUUUUCGUGAGCAUCGUCGACUACGCGAACUCGCGAAUGACGUACAUCCCGCUCGAUUUGAUGCUAGGAUUUUUCGUGGCAGGAGUUUUACGAAGAUUCUGGUAUCUCUACAACAUCAUCGGCUGGAUGGACAAGUAAGUCUAUCGCAUCCUUCGAGAUUAAGAGCGUACUUUGAAUAGAACCAAAAAGAGCAAAAAUGAAUUGGUCUUUUUUUGAAAAGGAACUUUUGAAGAAAUGGUUUAUAACUUGAACUUUGCCGAGGGAUUCCAAAAGUUUCGGUAACAGUAUCGCGUUGAUGACUGCGCUGUACAUCCGAGGAACCAGCGAAAAGGCGCGACAAUACCGACGGAACAUCGUUCGGUACAGCCAACUGACGCAGGUGCUCAUUUUCCGCGACCUCUCGAUGAAAGCUCGGAAACGCUUCCCAACACUCGACACUGUCGCUGCUGCAGGUCAGAGUUUCGGAAAAUAUGCAAAUUAUCGCUCAUGUUACAGCUGAGUUGAUGAAUAAUGACAUCAGAGUAGGAAAAAAAUGAAAGAAUUGUACAGUUUGGGAAAUUAUAAUGUGUCUUCUCAGUCGGCCGAUUUUUUUUUAUAAAUUCAGCUAGCUCUUGAGUUUUCAGGUUUCAUGAUGCCACAUGAAAAAGAGAAUUUCGACCAGAUCCAGUACAACUACAACAAGUACUUCUUGCCGUUCAACUGGGCCUGGGCUUUGAUUUACAACGCGCGGCUCGAAGGCUUCAUCGAAAGCGACUACUACGUCACAGUUCUCUCAGAAGUCUGUCAAGUAAUUCCCUGAAACUCCAAAAUUUCCUCGAAGGAAGUGAGAAAGUUCCGAACGGACUUGGCCUGGCUGUGCAACUACGACUGGGUCCCUCUUCCCAUGAUUUAUCCGACAAUCGUUUGUCUCGCCGUCCACAUGUGGGUAUUCAUUUCAAAACAGACUUCAAAAAAUAAAAGUUUCUCUUGAGGUCAUACGGAUCGGAAUAAUAUAAAACUUCAACUAAUAUUCAAUUAUUUUUCGCUUUUUAAAAUUUAUUUUCGAUGACGUUUUCAGAUAUUUUCUGGUUUGCGUUGUGGCUCGACAAUACGUUGAAGGAUCGAAGAACGAAAUGGUUUGUAAUUGAAUUUUUUGGAGUCUAAGAGCUCAAACAGCUUCUUGAAAACUUUUCUAUUGCACUUAAUUUAUAAGCAAAAAAAAAAGUUUAGUCAAAAUGUUCGUUAAGUCCAUAAUCUGAUCUUUGGAAGUUUUACGUAUUUAAUUAUCCACCUCUUUAAAAAGUUUUGAGUGCAACUUCAAAUUAGCUUCAUAACUCAUUAAACGCUAAAAAUAAAGAAAAAUUCAGAUUGACUUGGUUUUUCCCUUCAUGACAAGUAUUCAGUUCGUUCUCUACAUGGGCUGGCUCAAAGUUUGGUUUUUUCUCAUUAAUUUAUUACUCUUUAGUUGUAUAGGUGGCCGAAGGACUUCUCAACCCGUGGGGAGAAGACGAUGACGACUUCGAGACGAAUAUGCUCAUCGACAGGAAUUUCGCGGUAUUUUCACAUUGAGAAUAUUUAUUUAUUAGCAUUACACCCGUUAAAAAUUCAAAAUCAGAUUUAAAAAAAUUAAAUCAAAAUGUGAGUCUGAAAGUUUCUUAUAAGUCGGAUCAUAUCUCAAAUGUGUGCUCCAUAAAAAAAAAUAAAUAAAAAGAAAGCUUUAAGAGAACUCCAGUUAUAAGCAAGCUUUUUCAGUCAUUUUCUUUUCUAAGAGUCCAAUUAAUUAAUCCUGUUGAGCUCUCCUAAAACCAAAAUCACCCAGAUGGGAUUGAAAAUCGUGGACGAUGGGUACGGGAGGACGCCAGAGCUGAGGAAGGACGACUUCUGGGACGACGACUGGGUCCCGCUUUAUUCUGAAGCGAGUGCCCACGAAAAACGCUACCACCGACGUGAAGGCUCUCUGGCUCAUAUCAAGUAAGGGACUUUCUUUCUGGAAACUGAGGAUGGAUUCCAGACUUCCGCGAAGCGUCUCUCAAGUUCGGAUGGUUCCUCGGAACACAGAACGACGCUCGAGUUCUGUCAAAGAACGUAUUGUCAAGAUAAAGCCGUGAGUUGGAGUUUUCCAUCGGAUAAAGAGGGAAAAGUAUACAAAACUUCAUGAACAAGUCAAAAAGGUUGUUGACUUGCAAUUUCCAUUUAUUAAUGUAUGGAAAUUGCAAGUCAAAAUGAUUCUUUUAACUUUAUUCUUUUAGAAAUUGAAUUCCUUUUUUUAAAAAUUCAAUCUUGGAUUUACUGUUGAAUUGGAAGAUAUUCUCAAUAGAGCGCAUAAGAUCUAGCUUCGUAAGUUCAUGUUUGCGGCUUUUACUUGAAAGCCACUCUGCUUUUUUGUCUGCUAUAGUUUAUCAUAAACAUUUUCAGACAAACCUAAGAAAUUGCAGGGAAGAAAUGUCAAAGAAAUCGUCGCUCACAGACAUGCUGAGGCCGUCUUCCCUCCUCAACAUGUCCAAGGCUUGUGUUGAAAGUUGCUAGGAAACCAGUUCUACUGUCAGAAUCUCUCGCAAGGCAACGAUCUCGAGGGUACUGGCAAGAGAGACAUGGCGACGAGUCCGACAACUCCACAAGAGUAUCCUCUUCACACCCUCUCUCCAGGUGUUCUGAUUAUAGAUCAUUUCUCACGAUGUAUCUCGUUCAGAGACACCGACCGACCGACGUUCAGACGUUUGA